AUGACAUAUAGUAACUUAUCUCCUGAGUUCAAGGCUCUCAUUACCAGUCUAGAUAUGGUAACGGUUCCAAGUAAUAUACAUGUUGCCAUGGAAACUCCUGAGUGGAAGGCUGCAAUUAUAGAAGAAAUGAGAGCUCUAGAAAAAAAUGAGACGUGGGAACAAGUUGCUCUUCCUGAGGGGCACAAGACGGUUGGAUGUAAAUGGGUUUUUACUGUCAAGUACAAAUCUGAUGGCUCGAUUGACAGAUAUAAGGCGAGACUGGUAGCCAAAGGCUUUACUCAAACCUUUGGUAUUGAUUACUCUGAGACAUUAUCUCCUGUGGCCAAAUUAAUACGAUUCGGGUGUUGUUAUCUGUUGCUAUUAAUAAAGAUUGGCCUUCGCACCAAUUGGAUGUGA